AUGCUAAAAAUUAUUAUACCAACAAUUAUACUAAUUCCCCUAACCUGAUUAUCAAAAAACAACAUAAUCUGAAUUAAUACUACAGCUCACAGUCUAAUCAUUACCCUUCUUAGUCUGCCAUUACUAAACCAAUUCAACGAUAACAGCCUAAACCUAUCCCUCAUAUAUUUCUCCGACUCACUAUCGACCCCGUUACUAAUACUGACCAUAUGACUACUUCCACUAAUAAUCAUCGCAAGCCAAUUCCACCUGACCAAAGAAACAUAUACACGGAAAAAACUUUACAUUACAAUACUAAUCUCACUACAAAUUUUUCUCAUUAUAACAUUCACAGCCACGGAACUAAUCUUCUUCUACAUUCUAUUCGAAGCAACCCUAGUACCAACACUAAUCAUUAUCACACGAUGAGGCGCCCAAACAGAACGACUAAACGCAGGACUGUACUUCCUGUUCUAUACAUUAGUAGGAUCACUCCCCCUACUAGUUGCAUUAAUUUACAUGCAAAACAUUACAGGGUCACUGAACAUCCUACUCACCCAAUACUGGUCAGAACCACUAGCAAAUUCCUGAGGUAACUCCUUUCUAUGGCUAGCAUGCAUAAUGGCUUUUAUAGUAAAAAUACCACUGUACGGCCUACACCUGUGAUUACCAAAAGCGCACGUAGAAGCUCCAAUCGCCGGCUCCAUGGUUCUUGCAGCCGUACUACUAAAACUAGGGGGCUACGGCAUGCUACGAAUUACUACCGUACUGAAUCCAACAACAAACUUCAUAGCCUACCCAUUCCUAAUAUUAUCCCUCUGAGGGAUAAUUAUAACAAGUUCAAUCUGCUUACGCCAAACAGACCUGAAAUCGCUAAUCGCGUAUUCAUCUGUUAGUCACAUAGCACUAGUAAUUGUGGCUGUCCUAAUCCAAACCCCCUGAAGUUAUAUAGGAGCAACAGCUCUUAUAGUCGCACACGGACUAACCUCCUCCAUACUAUUCUGUCUAGCCAACUCAAACUACGAGCGAACCCACAGCCGAACAAUAAUCCUGGCUCGCGGACUCCAAACUGUACUCCCACUCAUGGCCGCCUGAUGACUACUAGCCAGCCUAACAAAUCUAGCUCUACCACCCUCAAUUAACCUAAUCGGAGAAUUAUUUGUAGUCAUAUCGACAUUCUCAUGAUCCUCAAUCUCCAUUAUUCUAAUAGGAAUUAACAUUGUGAUCACUGCUCUCUACUCGCUAUAUAUACUAAUCAUAACGCAACGAGGCAAACAGACAUACCAUGUCAAUAACAUCCCACCAUCCUACACCCGGGAAAACACUCUCAUGGCCAUGCACCUCCUACCCCUACUUCUUCUAUCAAUUAACCCAAAAAUCAUUUUGGGUACCCUUUACU